UUUAAGAGUACACGUAUUGUACUCGGAGCACCAUGGCAGCGCGAAUCUCCUUCUCCCAGUACCGACUGGAGGCUGAAAUUGAGAGAUGCCGGGGCGAGUGUCAGUGGGACAGGAUCCCAGAGCUGGUCCAGCAAGUGAACCUCGCCAGAAUACACGAGCACGAUGACUUUGGGAUCCUGCUGUUGGCUGAGUCCCUGCUGGAGGAGUGUCUCCAGGAGAACACAGCCCAGCUCAGAGACUGCACUCCAUUAAUGGAAGAGAAGCAGCCCAAGCUGCACCAAGCCAAGGCACACCUGAGCACCAUUCUGAACAGAGGCAAGCUGCAACCGAAGUACCUGACUGAAGCCAUGCUGGUUCUGGCUAAGCUGCACUACGUCGAGGGCUCCCCGAGAGAUGCGCUCAGCAUGUACGCCCGAGUGGGGCUGGAGAGCUUCGCCAUGGAGAACCAACAGCUCUACCAGAGCAGACUACUGGCCGAAGCUCUGCUCAUUAAAGGCCUGUCUAUGGAGCGCCAGCAUGUAUCUGCCGCCUCCCAGGCACGCCUGUCAGAGAGGCAGGAGGAGGCCCUGUCCUGCUUCGAGAAGGCAUGUGACAUCACUCUGCUGUACCUGCAGGAGCUGGACAAGUCAGUAAGCAGUCCCCACUCCAAGGGUGUGAAGAGCAGUGGCUUAGCAUCGGAGUUCAGUCCCGGUUUCUUCCUGGAGGCGGCGCUGCAGAACGCGUACGUCACGCACCUCAAGAAGGGCAACCUGGUCCGAGGGCAGAGGAGGCUGAGGAAGGUCCUGAGAGCUGUGGAGUCAAAGGGCACGCUGAACUUCAAAAAGACUGCAGCGAGGCAGCUGGUGGAGUUGCUGCUGCACACGAUCAGUGAGGACUGCUACUGGAGCCCUUCCUCCGAGCCCCCUCCAGAGCUGCAGGCAAAGGAGCCGUCGACCCCCAUCAGCUACACCCUGGACCGCGAGCCGGAGCAGUAUAGCGGAGACAAUCUGUUUUGCCCUCAGGAUAACAUAGAAGAGGCCCUGCUGCUGCUGCUGAUCAGCGAGUCAAUGGCAAACAGAGACGCGGUCAUCAGCCGAGCCCCUGACCAGCUGGAGGACCGGGCGGUCAGCCUGGAGGACGCCUCUCAGGUCUAUGACCUGCUGAGCAUCGCCAUGGCCAGGAGGGGGCAGUAUGGAAUGCUGUCUGAGUGUUUGGAGCGGGCCCUGAAGUUCUCCUUUGAUGAGUUCCACCUCUGGUACCAGCUGGCUCUUUCGCUGAUGGCUUGCGGACGGUCGGCGAGCGCAGUGUCUGUGCUCCGGGAGUGCUCUAAGCUGCGACCGACUGACCCCACCAUCCCCCUCCUCGCUGCGAAGGUCUGCAUCGGACAGCUGCACUGGCUGGAGGAAGGAGAGGUCUUUUCCAGGAUGGUGGUUGACAUGGCAGAAGAAGCUGGAGAAUUCCUGGCCAAGGGACACCUGGCUCUGGGACUCUGCUACAGCCUGCAGGCCUCAGACGCUUCUCUUAAAGGUGAUCAGGAUAAACUAAACAGGAAGGCUCUGGAGACCCUGAAGAGAGCCCACGAGCUGGACCCGGACGACCCUCGGAUAUCCCUGUACCUGUCUCUGCAGCUUGCUCUGGUCAGGCAGAUCUCUGAUGCAAUGGCGCCCCUGCAGCGGGCACUGAAGGAUGGGAAGGAUGACUUGCACUGCCUGCACCUGCUGGCCUUGCUGUUCACAGCACAGAAACACUACCAGCACGCCAUGGACCUCAUCAACAUGGCCGUCAGCGAGCACCCAGACACCUUCAGCCUGCUGUUCACGAAGGUGAAGAUCGAAGCAGUUCUGCAAGGCCCUGAAGAGGCUCUCCUGACCUGCAGGGCAAUGCUGCGUCUCUGGCAAAACUCCUUCCACUCCUCGCAGUCCAGUGAAGGGGACGAGGGGAGCAGUGCGGACGAUUCCACCCCUCUGAGCAGGAAACCCAGCGGGCUGCACCUCACCCUGCCAGACUUCCAGGACCCCGAGACCGGCUCCCAGCGCACCCCCUCCAUCGCAGCGUCGCGGCUGGAACAGGCCAUGUCGGAGAGGUCAGCCUACAGCGCCACCCAGAGGCAGGGGCCAGGGCAGAUGUGGACCACUCUGGAGCUCAUCUGGCUGCAGGCUGCUGAGCUGUUCAUGGAGCAGCAGCAGCUGAAGGAGGCCUCGUUCUGUGUGCAGGAGGCAGGGGCGCUCUUCCCAGUGUCUCACGGUGUGCUGCUGAUGCGCGGCCAGCUGGCGGAGCUGAAGGGCAGCAUGGAGGAGGCCAAGCAGCUGUACGACGAAGCCCUGAGCAUCAACCCCCAGGGGGUGCGCAUCCUGCAGAGCCUGGGCCUGAUCCUGAACAGGAUGGGCCGGAGCAGCCUGGCGGAGAAGGUCCUGAGGGACGCAGUCCAGGCUCAGAACACGUCUCACGAGUCGUGGAAGUGCCUGGGGAAGGUGCUGCAGGAGCAGGGGAGGAGCGAGGCUGCGGCUGAAUGCUUCCUGACCGCCCUCGAGCUGGAGUCCAGCAGCCCCAUCAUGCCCUUCACCGUCAUCCCCCGGGAGCUGUAGACCUGCUCACACCACAACGCUCCCAGCAACAUUUACUAAGCUUCUACCCCACGUACAAUAAAAAGUCAUGCAUUUACCAUCCAGGAUGAAUGGAGAGUGGAGGCUCAACCUUAGAACGAUUAGUAAGAAUGUAUUUAUUUAUUUAUGUUGUUGUUUUUUGAGUCAAUAUGUGUCACACUUUCUGUGAUGUACUGUAUUUCCAUUCUAGUACAAAUGUUAUUUCUAUUGGUCUUUCAUCAUGCCAACUUAUAAGCUCUGCAGUCACAGAGUAAACUGGCCAGUGAACCAGUGUCAGAACACAUGACCAGUGUUCCAGGUUACCUUGGCAACCAAACAGUGCUGACUCUCAGACAAGUCUAAACAUUGCAGAAAUGUCAAACAUUUACUGUUGCCGAGCCCGCCCUUGCUAUGCAGAGUCACUUCCAAUAGGACACUGAUUUAACAUCUCAUCCGCAGUAUGGAGCACAAGGAGGUUAAGUGACUUGCUCAGAGUCACACUGUGAGUCAGUUAGUGGCAGAGGUGGGAUUUAAACUGGGGAUCUUCUGGUUAUAAGCCCUGGACUUUAACCACUGGACCACACUGCCUCCUUAAUGGUGAAUGGUGAUAACAAUACAAGGACAUACACAGCCAUUAUCUGUUGAGUAAAGGACUAAAGGAGUGGCCUUUGAAAUGCAUUAUAUUAUUCACUCCUCCACUCCACUGAAGGGUUGGGGAGGGUAAUUGAACUCCCAUUUCUAUUUUAUAUAUAUUAUUAAUAUAGCACAUCUGUUUUAAUUGUUUUAACAGUACACUUGCUAUGGAUCUGAGUGUUACUGCUAUUUAAUAUUCAGCUUGGUGUGCAGUAAAUAUUUGUUUUGAUUCACCAGCUCAGUUAAGGCAGGGAACUCCCUUUAACCUCAGAUAAAAUCACUUAAACAUCAAGCAUAUUUUAGGCUCCUCCAACACCAGAACAAAUCGUCAGUCGAAUAGCUAGUAUCUAUUGUCCUUCAAUAAACAAUAUGUCCAAUGAUCGGCAAGGAAGGGAUUUAUAUUUUAACUCAAUCUAUUACGUCCCGGCUGUGCGUCAGAGUUUGCCUCCUCCUCCCCAGCCUCCAUCUGCUUUUUGGCUUCGUCUAACAGGGGAGGGCAGCAACCCUGACCCCCUGCCCAUGGCUUCCCUAUGGUCAGCCUUUCAACUUAUCUGCAAGCUAAUUUAUGGGCAGGGGAACCAUGAAAGGUAGGUGAGGCCAAAGGCCAAAGAAUCUAUUGCAUGAGUUUCCUGACUGAACGAGCUGGAAUUGUCAGCAGAGAUAUUAAGACAUCAGCCUAGCCUGUCUGCAGGUGUCAGACACAGACCAGCAGCCAAGCCCCUGCCUUACAACAGCAUUACAGUGGAAAGAGCUUGUCAACAUUAGUGGCACAGGAAGACUUGUACAUACUCUCAUUGGCUGUUUGUAGUUUUCUGUAUAUUCCGUUUGUCAGUGUUUCCUCUUCCUAGAAUGAUGUUUGUCACAGAGCCUCACUACUCUUCAGGCGCUCUCUACCAUAUUACUAAUGACCAAGACAAGACACCAAAAGCUGACAAUAAGACAGGAAUUUUGUUUUCUAAUUUUACACAGUGUUGCAUUCACACCUAAAGUCUACAAAACAUGGUAGAACUACAUGCAGCAUUCUUCAGUGUCACAGUGAAAACGGACACAUUCAGUCUUUCGUAUCAGUCUUUCAUAUCCCAUUGAACUGGUUCCAGGGGUCCAUCGGAUAUGUAGCGAUAUCGUAGCUCAGAGGGAGCCGUUAUACUACAUUGUCAUUGCUUUAUUAACAUCAAGGUAUUCUCAAUGAACAGUGCCAGGAAUAUCAGCAUGUUUACAACACCCCAGUACAGUGCUGCAUGUAUACUGUGCAAAGACAAUCUGUGAAAAUGAUUGCAAAGCAAAAGACUAAUACAGUAUUGGACAAUUUACAAAUAGCAUUUCAAGAACCACUCUUACCAUGCUUUCUCGGUCUAUGCUAAAUCUGCUGUAACAUUUGUUCCAAUAAUACUACAACAUUAUAUUAUUUAUGAUCUCAAUAAUUACAGUAAACUUGCCUCCAAAUCACACACAUGCAAUUGGAAUGCUGAAUUUCCAAUUCCUUUCUGUUUGUAACUAAUGUUAUGACAACAUGUUCUGAAUGAAAGGACAUUGUCCCUUAGCAUACUAUUAUAUAGGGUAGCAUAGAUUGUAUAUGGCAGCCCAGCUGCUAAAGCAUUACUGUAUAGCACUGUUCAGUUCUAAAGCAAGCACAGUACUAUGUUAUGUAAACUACUAUAGAUCAUAUUUCUAUCAUCUGUACUGUAUACGUCUGCUGAAACAAAAUGCUGUAUGUUAUAUUGAAAUGGAUGUUUUUAAAAGGUUAUGCUGCUGUGCAUUCGAUACACAACCAGCAACAAAAGAGCCCAAGAUGCACUGUAAAUAGCAUGGCAUCAGACCAGGAGGCACUAGUUUAUAUUGUUGUAUGUUCAAAGACAAGGCUAUAUUUUUGAUGCUAGUCUAGUACAUUCUGUAAUAAUAUCACAUUGUACACCCAGUAACAAAGUACAUUGAGGUGUAUCUAAUUACUGUGCAUUUACAUCACAGUUACUUAGAAAAUACAUACUUACACAUAAUUACAAUGGUAUUGUGCAUAGUUACAAUGUACUUCAUGUGUAAAUCUAGUAUCUUUCUCAUUACUACAUAUUUCUGAUUUGAUUUUGCAUUUAAUCAUUAUUUAUACAAUGUAUGAAUGGUCUCUGUCACAUAUAUAUACAGUAUAUAUAUAUAUAUAUAU